UGCUGCUGCUGCUGCUGCUGCGCUGCGCGAAGGGGACGGCUGGUCCGGGGCACCGGUGGCGGCUGCUGCUGGAGCGAGAGUAGCGCCAGGCGGGGAGCCGGCCCGGAGCGCAGCACUCAGCCUCCCGGUUUGUCGAGGCGCCUGCCCUUCCCAGCCGGGGCCCCGAGCACGGAGAGCGGUUUCUGGUUCCACCGGGACUGUGAGCGCAGGAGGACCGCGCGCCUAUUGUUCGCCCGGGCACCGGCGGCGGGGGUAGGGGGCGUUUUUUGGAAGGGGCCUCGAGAGGGACGUGUGGGAGCAGCGCCGGGCGUUGCCAGGGUAGGGGGACGAUCCCCCCUGUGCCUUCUCCGAGAGCGGACCGAUCCACCGGCAUUUGAAGAACUGAUCGAACAGACCAAGUGAAGCUUCUUCUCCCGUUUGCAGACUGGUGACCCAAGCUCCAAGUCCUCAUGGAGUCUGAGAGUGCAUUCCCCAACAAGUAGCCGGAGAACUGGGAUGUUUACCUGGAAGUCCCUCGUUCUUUGGGCUGUGCUGGUCACAGCCAUGCUGUCCAUUGCAAGACCGGCGCAAACCAUGCCAGAACAAGUUCUACCUAAAUCAAGCCCUGAAGUGGAGUCUUAUUCAGUUCACCCUGGUGACCUCCUUCAGUUGCGCUGCCGGCUACGUGAUGAUGUUCAGAGUAUCAACUGGGUACGAGAUGGGGUCCAGCUGUCAGAAAACAACCGAACACGCAUCACGGGAGAGGAGGUAGAGGUCAGGGACGCCGUUCCUGAGGACUCAGGGCUGUAUGCCUGCAUGACCAACAGUCCCUCGGGAAGCGAAACCAUCUACUUCUCCGUGAAUGUCUCAGAUGCUCUUCCUUCUGCUGAAGACGAUGACGACGACGAUGAUUCCUCCUCAGAGGAAAAGGAAGCAGAUAGCUCCAGAAUAAACCAAGCCAUAGCUCCCUACUGGACAUACCCUGAGAAGAUGGAGAAGAAGCUUCAUGCCGUUCCUGCUGCUAAGACCGUGAAAUUUAAGUGUCCUUCCAGUGGGACACCCACCCCUUCGUUGCGCUGGCUGAAGAAUGGCAAGGAAUUCAAGCCUGACCAUCGUAUUGGUGGAUACAAGGUUCGUCAUGCCACCUGGAGUAUCAUCAUGGACUCGGUGGUGCCGUCGGAUAAAGGCAGCUACACCUGCAUUGUGGAGAACAAAUAUGGGUCCAUUAAUCACACCUAUCAUCUUGACGUAGUUGAGAGGUCACCACACCGCCCUAUCCUACAAGCAGGGCUCCCGGCUAACAAGACUGUCUCCCUGGGUAGCAAUGUAGAAUUUGUUUGCAAAGUCUACAGUGAUCCUCAGCCCCAUAUCCAGUGGUUGAAGCACAUUGAAAUCAAUGGAAGUCGAAUUGGGCCAAGUAGUUUACCUUAUGUGCAGGUUUUGAAGCAUUCAGGAAUUAAUAGCUCUGAUGCGGAGGUGCUGACCCUGUAUAAUGUGACAGAGGCUGAAAGCGGGGAAUAUGUUUGUAAGGUUUCCAAUUAUAUUGGUGAGGCUAACCAGUCUGCGUGGCUCACCGUCACCAGACCCAUGGCUGCAGAUAUUGACGAUAAGCCUGCUAUGAUGACCUCCCCUCUAUACCUGGAGAUCAUAAUUUACUGCACAGGAGCCUUCCUCAUCUCCUGCAUGAUCAUAACCGUCAUCCUGUACAAGAUGAAGAACACCACGAAGAAGACCGACUUCAAUAGCCAGCUGGCUGUGCACAAGCUGGCCAAGAGCAUCCCCCUGCGCAGACAGGUAACAGUGUCAGCUGACUCGAGCUCCUCCAUGAAUUCUGGAGUGAUGCUUGUGCGUCCUUCACGGCUUUCCUCCAGUGGGACCCCAAUGCUGGCUGGUGUCUCUGAGUACGAGCUGCCAGAAGACCCUCGCUGGGAGCUUCCCAGAGACAGGCUGAUCUUGGGCAAGCCGUUGGGAGAAGGCUGUUUUGGACAGGUUGUGCUGGCUGAGGCAAUAGGUCUGGACAAAGACAAGCCAAACCGUGUGACUAAAGUCGCUGUGAAGAUGCUGAAGUCUGAUGCCACUGAAAAGGAUCUGUCUGACUUGAUCUCUGAAAUGGAGAUGAUGAAGAUGAUUGGCAAGCACAAGAACAUCAUCAACCUCCUCGGAGCUUGCACGCAGGAUGGCCCACUCUAUGUGAUAGUGGAGUAUGCAUCCAAAGGGAACCUGAGGGAAUAUCUGCAGGCUCGGCGGCCCCCAGGCAUGGAAUACUGCUACAACCCUACCCAUAUCCCAGAAGAGCAGCUGUCCUUCAAAGACCUGGUCUCCUGUGCAUAUCAGGUUGCCAGGGGUAUGGAAUAUCUCGCAUCCAAAAAGUGCAUCCACCGAGAUCUGGCUGCCAGGAAUGUGCUGGUGACUGAAGACAGCGUGAUGAAGAUUGCUGAUUUUGGCCUGGCUCGAGACAUUCACCAUAUAGAUUACUACAAGAAGACAACAAAUGGUCGCUUGCCGGUCAAGUGGAUGGCCCCCGAGGCUUUGUUUGACAGGAUAUACACCCAUCAGAGUGAUGUAUGGUCCUUUGGCGUUCUGCUGUGGGAGAUCUUCACACUGGGUGGAUCACCAUACCCUGGCGUGCCAGUGGAAGAGCUGUUCAAGCUGCUGAAAGAGGGGCAUCGGAUGGACAAGCCCAGCAAUUGCACCAAUGAACUGUACAUGAUGAUGCGAGAUUGCUGGCAUGCUGUUCCUUCCCAGAGACCCACUUUUAAGCAGCUGGUAGAAGAUUUAGAUAGGAUCGUGGCCAUGACCUCUAACCAGGAAUACCUGGAUCUCUCCAUGCCUCUGGACCAGUAUUCACCCAGUUUUCCCGAUACCCGCAGCUCGACCUGCUCUUCAGGAGAGGACUCUGUGUUUUCCCAUGAUCCCCUGCCAGAUGAACCAUGUCUCCCCAAACAUCCACCUCAGCUUGCCAACGGUGGGCUCAAAAGGUGCUGAUACCAUAGCUUCCAUGUGACACUUGCAAGCCCUCUGUGCAUAUGAGUGCAAUGUGUGUGUGUUAAUAAGUGAACUCACAUGCAUGUGUAUGUGCGCAUGUACUUCCCUUCCAGCAGGGCUGGUAGUGGAGGUCUACUGGGGCAUCCGUCAGUCAACUCAUUCACCAAACUCCUCAUCAUCUAUCAGCAUCUUCAAGCCACCAUUGCAGUCCCUUGACAUCUGGGAGCGGCAUUUGCAGGAGAUGUAUGCUUGAGUUUUUCCCCACGGAUUAAAGCUACCUUUUCCCCCCUUUUGGCCAGUGCCUAAACAAAACAAAGAGACCCAGAGACUGAUUUGUAGUUGGCACCAUGCCUGUCACUUCUCUGAAAAGGACUCUGGGAGGAAUUACAUUCCCUGGAGAAGAGGAGUUUUACUUUCUUUUCUCUUUCUUACUUGCAAACUCAAGAACCAACUUUGGAUGACUCAAUAAGCUAACAGCGGAGAUGGGAUCCCAAGCCCAUUUGCACCUCGACCCUCUGGAUCCGGCUGAAAACGGGCAAGUUUUAAUGCAGUCAAGUGCCAUCAGCAACAAACGGAGUGCCUGUUGGUAGGGGACGUUGUUCCCAAGCCAGUAUCACCACCGACAGCUUCUUAAUUCCACUACUAUGAAUUUAUACUUUGCUGAUCAAACUAGCCAGGUACGAUACCUGCACAGCACUGACAUAAAGUGGCAGCCAAACAAAACGAGUGCUAUGACGAGAAAAAAACGACCACAACACGGAUCUUAUGUACAUAGCUGCAAAAUGUAUAAAUAUGAAUAUAUAUUUACAUGUCUUUAAAAAGAAAGGUUGUUACCAGAGAUAAUAUCACUUUGGUAGUAAGUUACUAGUGGCUGGUAGGUAUCAGUUGCUAUAUUAAAAAAAAUCAUAUAUUUUGCUACUCUUGCUGGUUUUUUUGUUUUUAAAUUAUGUUCUAAAACUUAUUUCAAUUUAGGUACUUCAGUAAAAAUUGCUGCUGCUUCAGUUUUAUAUGAGGUUAUAUUAAACAGUGAUUUGAUGCCUUUUGGAAGUACAUUGUGAAAUAAACAUUAUCUCCCUU